AUGUCUAGUGCAACAAACCAAAACUCUCGGUGUGAACUCCCUGUUGCUGAUCAGCAUCUUCAAAUCGUUCUUGACAGUCUUAAUCAUUUAAUUAAUCAAUCGAACCAACAGAUCAUCGAUGAAAAACAGUCAAUGUCUGAUGUUGAACAAAAAAAAUUGGAUCAAAUUCAAGUUUUGCAGAGCGAAGUUCAACAAAUAGAGAAUCAAAUUGCUUCUUUGCAUAAUGAAACUGAACAAUUGACGCUUGAAACAUGUUCAAUGGUAGUCCGACAAAAUGAAACAGCCCUGAUUCGUCAUAAUAAAUUGUUGAAGGGAACGAUCGAACAUAUCAAUCAUAUUUUAGGUAAACGCUCGAUCGUCAACGAUCCACUGUUCGAUCAAUUGAGAAAAGAUUUAACGAGUCAACAGGAGAAAUUAUUUCUCAUUCGUAACCAAUUAGAUAUCGAUCAUAAUCAAUUAACAACAAAUAGAAACAAGCGGAUUUACAAAGUAUUCAGCAAAAUCAAGGUAGAUGACUACGUACAAAAACAAUUGAAAUUGCAAAAACUGCAGUUUUUAAUCCAGCAACAAACUCGAAUUCGAAAUGAAAUACAACAAUUAGAAGGAUACAUCGCACCAAAACAAGCUUCACCAUCGGAAAAUAAUAGAAGACAGCCAGACGUGCAGCGAAAUAAAACUCAACUUCGAGAAAUUGUUGAUGACAGUGAUGAAGAAAUAGUCAAUGCUAGUAAAGUACAAGAAUAUCAUACGAAAAGUCGCACAUUUAUGCGAUUAAAAGACCAUCAGGAUAAAUAA